AUGCGUUACAAGGAUCAGACGUCUAGAGCUUUAAGGGCUCAAGUGGACCAAUGUAUCUCUUCCAUUAAAGACGAUGAGAGCAUAGGCGACUCACCGGCUGUUCUGCACGGUGGCGAAAACCAGGUCGGGCAGCGUCUGCUUAGUAUAACUCAACUUUGCAGGAAUCCUAACUCCAAGACUUUCAAUAGCGAGCUUUGGAAAACCGAUCCACGGUAUCUUAAAAAUGUGUUUCUGUCAAAUCAAGCAAGUUACAAGAUCUUGCAACAUGCCGUUAGGGGCGGAGAUGUCGAAAUAAUGGGUAUGCUCAUUGGAAGGGUACAUACCACGUCUAUUAUGGUGCUAGAUUGCUAUGCUUUACCUGUAGAAGGAACAGAAACUCGAGUUAAUGCCCAGUCAGAAUCGUAUGAGUAUAUGGUGCAGUACAUGAAUGAAAUAUAUGGUACAAAUCAAGCUAACUUACACAUUGUGGGAUGGUAUCAUUCACAUCCUGGUUACGGGUGUUGGCUUAGCGGGAUAGACGUCCAGACGCAAGAAUUAAACCAAACAUUUCAAGAUCCAUAUGUGGCUCUCGUGGUGGACCCUACGAAGAGUUUGAGAGAAAAGCGACUUUCUAUAGGUGCCUUUAGAACAAUUCCAGAUGAAGCUUUAUCAGAACCUCCUCAAGAAGCUGGCAAUGGUGAUGCCAAAAACUAUGGGCUUCACCAUUUGAAGUAUUAUGAGCUGGAGGUAGACAUUUGUGCAAGCAGAUUCGACAAAGCUCUGACUAUUUCACAGCUCAACUUGGAAGUGCCUGUACUAGAUGAGUCUCAGGAUAGUAUCUUGGUGGAACAAUUACUAGAAUGUAUCAAGAAUUGGCAUAACUACUCUAAAUUAUCGGCUUCGAGCCAAUUUAUUCUCGAAGCACCUUUGCAAUCCACCAUUCAUCGUAAUGAGAACGACAUUGAUAUGGAAGACAGUUCGUAUUUUCGUUCUGUUCCCACGUCCGUUAAUAGCUCUCUAACAAGUAUGGCCGAGGAUAAUGCGAGAAGCGACGUCGAUAUGGGAAGCAAUACCCUAAGCAGACAAGAGAGCACUGAGAGCAGCUUACCACGGAAUUCUUCAAACCAAUUAAUCUCUAUUCCCAAUGCAUCCCAACAGAAAGCAAAUCUCAUGUUGGAAUAUCAGUUACACAGAAAAAAAAUGACCGCUUCAAAGCUUCGACAGUACCAACGCCUUCGAUUUUCCAGAGAUGCUUUCACGCUAUAG